AUGUCAGAGAUCACAUCUACUGCUACAGCGACCAACAGAAGGAGCGAGUUAACGACGGCUAAGUCGCACGAAUACACGAUAUGUCUGCUAGGUGACUGGGCACCUACGGCGCCCACGAAGAUGAAACCUCCGUCUCAAGCUGUACACGAAGUAACAGCAGAUCUCGAGUCUCCGAUUGUUCAGGUUAGUUGCGGUUCAGGUUGGAAUUGUCUGCUCUGUGAAGAUGGACGAGCAUAUUCUUUCGGGGACAAUACCUACGGGCAGCUCGGACAGAGUCACGAUCGACCAUACGUCGCUGUACCAGAGCCAAUGUCCACUCCAUUCUGCUUGCAACCACGACGACGCAUUAUUCGCUUGUCAUGUGGGAGUGUCCAUGGGGGAUUUGUGCUGGAUGUUGGUGAGCUAUACAUGUUUGGCUGUGGAUCUUACGGGCGUUUGGGUACGGGCAACGAAGCAAAUGCGUGUUUACCAACACUGGUAUCGAUGAAAUGGUCGACGCUUCUAGCUGUAAACACAGCUCGUAAGCAACAGAACAGCUCGAUGACGGAUGGAGACGAAGACGAGGCGAGAUUCAAAGACAUUAGCUGUGGUGAUCGGCACACUUUGACCCUCGCAGUUCGGAUAACGCGCGCAAAUUCUGAUUGCUGGAGCAAUGCUACAAAGUCCAAGACGAGUAUUAUCUCAUUUGGAGAUGGAUUGAAUGGACGACUCGGCAUAGGAGACGAGAAGGAUCGAUACGAAGGAACAUUGCUCACUACUUGGAUUGCUGCGUCGAGUGUCCCAGGGGUUGGUAUAACCGGAAACAACGGUUGUAUGGCUCCUCCCAUGAUCUCUGCUAUCUGCGCUGGUAGUACACACAACCUAGCACUCUCGGCUGGUGGAGAUGUCUUCUCGUGGGGGAAUGGUGUCGAUGGACAGUUAGGUCACGGAUCUGCAGUGAGUGAGUGGGUACCUCGACAACUCGAAUAUUUCAAGGAUAUAUCAAUAACAGACAUUAGUUGUGGGGCUUCGCAUUCAAUGGCCAUCUCGCAAACUGGUGUAGUGUAUACGUGGGGGCGAGGUACUGAAGGUCAACUCGGAAUCGACUUGGAAGAUGAUUCAACUGCUGAUUUCGUUGAUAAAACUGUGUGUUUACCGCACCCGGUAGCAAUAUUAAAGGGCUCUACUCAUCGAGUCACUGUCCGUACUAUUGUAGCAAAGCACAACAUGUCGUUGGCACUUGAUGACAGAGACCGGAUGUUCGUGUGGGGUGAGAAUGACCUUACACAGCUUGGAGUUCUAUUAUCGUUAAAUACUGAAGUCGGUACGAGAGCGGUUGUACCCAGACCGAAAAUGCUGUCGUAUAUGGAUCUCCGUUCUCCGAAAUCGGCGACGUAUAACGCACCAACUUCAGCGUCGCUUGUUUCAAGUUUGCGUGAUCUUGUGGCAGCCGCAAAACCUGAUCCGAUUCGUUUAGGACUGACUCAUGUAGAUGCUGGAGAUCGAUUCACAAUGCUAGUUUUUAAGACCAAACCAGGAAUCGGCUGUACUAGUAACACUAUUGGUGAUGAAAUCAGCGAGACACUGGGUUCUAAGAUUUAUCCAGACACCAAGACGACUGUAGUUAAGUGGAAUUUCUCGCUGACAGAUGAUUUAGAUUUUCCAUCCCGGGAGUCUGCUUACUACCAGUUCAUGGUGAACUACAAAGUUUACCUGCGUCCAGCGGUUCCUAGAAGACGGGGAGAUGCUGAAGAAAUCGAGGAGGAAAUGGAUCGGAAUCGAAACAUGCAGCGACGAUCUCCUUACCGCCGCGGUCGCAUAGGAUCCACCAUCAGCAAGAGAGGAAGUCUACCAACGGUGGAUCCGGAAAGUCGAUUCAAAACGACGAACGACGAUCAUUCUGACAAUACUGGAGUAUACAGUUCUCAAGCGCACGGAUUUAAUUCGUCCCUAGAAAAGGACUUAAUAUCACCUUCGAGCAUCACAAUGGUGAAUCGUUUCUUUGCUCCGCCAACUUCAUCAAAAAAAGAAGAGGUUAGAUAUGCUAGCUGCAGCAGUACAACCAGAAUCAAUGACACACCAAGCAUUCCGGUGAAGCCUCAACAGCCUAGAAGUGGUAUGUGUCGAGAACGUUCCAUUCGAAGACCCACCGUAUCCAUCGGACCAGCAUCUUUUCCACCUGUGAAUAACCAGGAUAAGUUAUGA